GCCACGAAAAUGGAUUCCCGGGAAAAUCUACUCAUCGUCACCGAGGCAUCACAAAUUUCACUCUCUGCAACAGAAAUUUGAAAACGCUGAAGAAAAAUGCUCUCCGGCAAUCCUUUCGUCCUCUCCAAAACCUCGUUUGGAUCUCUAUGUUCUCUUCCUUCGAUAAUUAGUCGCAGAUCGUCUUCAACCUCCGUCGUCGCUGAUUCUACGGCCAGGAAUAGCACUUCAGUAGCUACUUCACAGUCGGGAAGGACCAUUUCCGCUCAGGAAGCUCGACUUUCUCUUGUUUUUGCACUCGCUUCGCAAGCAUCUACUCUCUCUCAGCGCGUUUUGUUGGAAUUGGCUUCUGAAACUUCGAAAUACUUGUUGCCUAAAAGGUUCGAGAGUCGGACUUUAGAGGAGGCUCUAAUGGCAGUUCCUGAUCUCGAGACUCUGAAGUUCAAGGUCUUAAGUCGAAGAGACGAAUGUGAGAUUAGGGAGGUUGAGCCUUACUUUAUAGCGGAAACAACCAUGCCUGGGAAGAGUGGAUUUGAUUUCGGUGGUGCAUCUCAAUCCUUCAAUGUCUUGGCUGCGUAUCUCUUUGGUAAGAACAAGGCAAGAGAGAAAAUGGAAAUGACAACGCCUGUUUUGACGAGUCAAUACAAAUCCGAUGGGGAAAAGAUGGAUAUGACAACCCCUGUAAUAACUAAAAAUGUCGAUGGUAAAGAUCAGUGGAAAAUGUCAUUUGUGAUACCCUCCAAAUACGGUCAGAAUAUUCCAGUUCCCCAAGACACAUCUGUUAGGAUUCAAGAAGUCCCCAGGAAAAUUCUUGCGGUUGUAGCCUUUUCAGGUUUUGUCACUGAUGACGAAAUCAAAAGGAGAGAAUCUAGAUUAAGGGAUGCUUUGAAGAAUGACAAGGAGUUUCAAGUUAAAGCGGGCAGUUUUGUGGAGGUAGCGCAGUAUAAUCCUCCCUUUACUCUUCCAUUUCAACGUCGUAAUGAGAUUGCUCUGGAAGUAGAGAAGAAGGAAGUGUAGCAGUAUCAUCAUAGAUCUUGAAACUUACCUUCGGUGUAUAGCCACAUAUAAUGAACUGUCUAUAUGUCACUUUCACAUUUAAAUACAGCUCCAUCAGGUAAUAUUGAUGGUGCACCAAUGGAACUCAAUACUGUAGAUAUGAACAUGCUAAUGUCCUCGUGUAUUUCACCCUGGUCUACCUCCUGGAUAUACUAGUUGGGAAUUUCCAUGUUCCCUGGGUUUGGAUAAA